ACUGAAGCUGGUUCCAUGAGUGCUGGUAAAUCCAACGGAGGAAACAAAAACAAAGAUGUUGCUCAAGGUGCCAUUAAAGAAGGCUCAAGUUUUUGGAAGAAAUUGAAGAUUUUUCUAGGUUGCAUGCUUCUGAGUUCAAAAGAGAAAGGAACUUCUGGUGACAAAAGCAAAGAUGGUGAAGGAAGAAAUGUGAGAAAAGAUAUUGUUCGGCGCAAAAGGUCAAAGAAACCCUCAUCCAGCAACGAAGGCCAGGAGUUUAUUGCAACUUCUUCCAAUCUCAGGAGGUUCACUUUUCUCGAUAUUCAGAUUGCAACAAUGAAUUUUGAUACUAGGAGUUUUCUUGGUAGGGGAGGUUUUGGAACUGUGUUCAAAGGUUGGGUUGAUGAAAGAGGGAAUUGUGCAGCAACACCAGAAUCAGAAUCAAGGAUUCCGGUAGCAGUGAAGACUCUAAACCCAAAUGGAUUUCAAGGUCAUAAACAAUGGCUUGCUGAAAUUAAAUAUCUGGGUGAACUCUAUCAUCCGAAUCUAGUGAGAUUGGUGGGAUAUUGCAUGGAGGAAGAUAAAAGGGUACUCAUGUACGAAUACAUGAGUCGAGGAAGCUUAGAGAAGUAUCUGUUCCAAAGAGGACAUGUGCGACUUCCAUGGCGUAUCAGGAUUAAAAUUGCAGUGGAUGCUGCUAAUGGUUUGACAUUUUUGCAUGAGGAAGCUUCACGGGCAGUGAUCUUUCGAGAUUUCAAGACAUCCAAUAUCCUAUUGGAUAAGGACUUCAAUGCAAAACUUUCAGACUUUGGGUUUGCAAAAGAUGCUCCAGUGGGAGGUAAAAAUCAUGUCUCUACAGAGGUUAUGGGAACAGAAGGUUACAUAGCCCCUGAGUAUGUGUUGACAGGGCACCUUACAGCGAAGAGUGACGUUUAUAGCUUUGGGAUGGUUCUCCUUGAAAUGCUGACAGGAAGAAGAGCUGUGGAUCAAAUGAGGCCUACAAAAGAGAAAAACUUGGUGGAUUGGUUGCGUCCUCGAAUAAGGAGGAAAGAAAAUUUUCACUAUGUGAUGGACCCUAGAUUUGAAGGGCAAUAUCCAAUUAGGCAUGCAUAUAGGGCAAUGAGGUUAGCCGUUGAGUGUGUUCGCCAUGAUCCAAGUGCAAGACCAUUGAUGAGUGAAGUGGUUGGUGAGUUGAAGUCUUUAUUGGCUCGUGAUGAUGGCACACAUUCUGGUCCUUCAACUUCACCUUCGAUCCCUUCAACCUCACUUGGGAGAAUCCAUGUUGGUCCCUCCAACCAUGGUGGUGGCAGUGGUAGUGGUGUUAACAAGUACGGCCUCAGAACUGCUUCGGAACCAAAUGUUCCACGGCGUUUUCAGGCCUCACCAAUGGGCCAAGAAAGUCCUCUGACUCCAUCUCCUCAUAAUCCUAGUGUUGAACCUUAAUCCAUUUAUAUCGUCUAGGGUUGGACUUUCUUCAAACCCUAAUCUUGAGUUUCU